GUCAAAUAAAGGUUGUUGAAGCCAUCCAUACCAUGGGAAGUGGGGGGAUAGUAGGUUUGUUGAUGACUAGAGCAUAGCGUCGACAGAGGUUUGAUGGUUCUGCUGGAGAUAAAGGGCAAAGCAGCACACAAGCUCUUGAUGCUCCUGAGUUUUACAUGGACGAAGAUCAGGUAUGUUUUACUUUUUUUUGAACAUACUAGAGUAAGGUAGAUUGCAUGAACUAAAAAAAUUUACACAUACUUGUAGCUUAAGGUGUUGAAGUGCAUGACUGAGUCCAUGUUCAAUAAGUGGAAGGCACGACUUGCAAGAUUGGAAACGUGCAUGGAGCCCCAAUGUGGACAGGAAUGAGUAGCUUUCAUGAAAUUGGAUGUAAUAGAUAUUGAGAUUUGGGUAGUCUGAAUAAUUUAAAUACUAUUUCCAUGUACUUUGUUAAGAUGAUGGACGAAUGUUUAGCGUUCUUGUUUGAAUACUAUUUUGAUGCUUUUUCGAAUACUAUUUGGAUGAGAUUUGAAUAAAGUGUGUUAUCAAUGUCCUAAAUACUUAUUUUCUGUCUUUUUCUAGCUAAGGGUUUGUCGUAGUAUGUGUCUUCAUGAGUGGAAAAGAUGGUUGGAGUUGACCACACAAAUUGGCCACAUACUUGAGAAAAUGGUUGAGAAGAACAAGCCAUCUGAGCAGGAUAUUGAGGAGCCGACGAUGGAGGAGGUUCCUUCGCCUUUUGUUGAGCCUCCUUCGUCAUCUGUGGAGCCCAUUCCGGCUUCCAAGGGUGAGGCAGUUGAGCCGACUCCGGUGUUCGUGGAGACACCAUCUCCGGCGUCCGUGGAGAAGGCCACUCCGGCUUCCGUGGAGAAGCCCACUCCGUUGUCCAUGAAGAUGCCCUCUGUCACGCCCGCUCCGGUGCCCGUGGCAGCUCCUGUUACUUACCAGCGAAGAAAACCCGUUCCAAGUACUGCUUCUUCACCACCAAUGGUGAAGGUUCUUAUUGAAGGCGACGAGGGGGAGCUUACGGCCAUACAGUGGAAGGGAACGGACAUGAAAACUUCGUGCUUCGAGAGGUCGAAGACAAAGCUAGAAGUAUUAUCCGGCUAUGUCCUCUCCAACACUGUUACUUGCAAGUUGGACCCUUUGUAAAAGGCGAUAGUUGAGUUCGCACUUAGUACGAGAGAUGAGAAGGAGUAAGUAUUCAAGUGUUAUCCAAUCAAUAUUCAUUUAAUUAUUUACACGUGCGCUUUCAGAAAAGUGUGUCAAAUACUGUCCUUUUUACAGUUCUGGGAAUUUGUGGAGACUGUGAAGUGUAAGGUGUGCCGGUUUCAUUUGCUGAGUUUGAAACGUACUGUAUGGCCGAAUCUUGUCGUUGUUGAGGCAAUUGGAUACUACCUCAACGACCUGAAUGUCACGAAGAAUGGGAAGCUGACAAAAUGCAUCUUCCCUAUGAUUUUUGUUGUAAGUAAAAUUAGGCUUUCAAUGCAUGUCAUGAUUAACCACGCUCUUCAAUUUCUUCACAAGUUAUUGUUUUUAAUGCAGUCACAGGACAAGGCAAAUGCUAGUUUUAGGAGUGGGGCAAGAAUAACUGCAAGUCUCCUGGACGAGGAAUUUGCCACACUUGAUCGAGAUCCAGUAUUUGAAACUGCCGACUUUGAAGGAUGCAAUUAUGUGAGUGAACUAUUUAUGGGUUAGAAUAUGAGUCUUGGUAAUUCUAAUACUAUUAUGGGUUUUAUGAAUAUUACUUGUUCUUAUGCUGAAUACUAAAUCGGGUUUUAUUAUCAUGUAAUAAAUGUUCUUUCCCAAAUAUGAGGACGACCACUAAUUGGUUUAUGUUGUGGACUUCAUCAAGCAACAAACGUUCUUGUUGGACAGCAUGAAGCAUUCAGAAAGUUAUUCCAAGAAUGUUCAUGAACCGGAGACUUAGGAACUUGUUCAACUAUGUGCAGACAUUGUUGGAGAGAAAGGGAGUAUUGCUGGAGUCGAACUUGAGUGAAUGAGUGUUCAAUGUUGCAGACGUACCACAACAAAAAGGUAAUGACGACUGUGGGGGUAUUCGCUUGCCAAUACAUGGAGCAUUGGGAAGGCCACUUGGAUGCUACAUGUCACGUCCCGUCUCUUUUAAAAAACCAAACCAUAACUCAAACCGAAAACCGGUUACUCCGGAGCAACCAAACCACUUUUUUAAAUAAACUAAACUGACAAUGUUUAAGAAUUUCAAACAAAAAGCCUGAACGCUUGGACAAAUGUCAUUCCCGAUACUUAAAAUGAAUGAACUCAGAAUCUCCAGUUUACACUCCUAACCAUGUAACAAAGGAAUUAAACUAUUCUAGCUCUGACUCUUCACGAGUUCCUUAACUUCUCCUCAAUGCUGGUGCAACUACUUGCCUCGCCUUGCCUCUUCUCGAAGUCUGCCUCUGCUAACCAUUCCUCGACUUGGUGAGUGAGAAGGGUUCAGUCUCAUCGUUACUUCCUAAGGUCUUUGCCCUAGGCAAACUCCUUACUAAACACAUUAUUAGGGG